AUGAAUUGCUGGAAUAAAGGUGUUUUGGGUGAUAAUGAUGAUGAAACAACAAUUAGUAGUUCAACAAGUCAACAAUUUGGAAGUACAACAGUUAGUUCAUCAAUAAAUAAACGUUUAUCUCGAUUAAAUAAAAAUCGAGAUCAAGAUCAAGAACAUAUGUCUGAUACUGAAGGACUAACAGAUCCUGAUGAUGAUUAUGUUAAACGUUCAAAACCGGUUAAUAUUGUUGUAACACAAUCACGACGUAUUGUUGCACGUUCACUUUGUGAACAUAUAUCACGUUCAAGAAAUUGGCUUGUUGGACAAACCGAUCUUAUAUUAUACAGCUGGUGUUUAGAAAGAUUAAUUUUAACAAAAACUUUACAAGAUUUUAAACAUAUUAUUCUUGAUGAAGUUCAUGAACGUGAUAAACCAAUGGAUUUUCUCUUAAUAUUAAUUCGUACAUUAUGA